CGUUGUCCUAACGCUCCUCGACAUUGCAUCCGACGUCGAGCAACUGGUUUGGCUAACGUGUGCUCGCUAUUGUCGACGAUGUCAAACCUGCUUCCCUCGCUGGAGACCUUUGCUAAGGGAACGGCUGCAACGGCAGCUGGUCUCUCAACCAUCGGAAUGGGACUGCUUUAUUAUGGCCAGAAUUAUCUAAUAUACCCGAGCGCGUUUCCUCCUGGGUCGAGAGUUGAUGUACCAACGCCAACGGACUUUAGUCUUCCAUAUACGGACCUCACGCUAACGACAUCAGACGGGGUCAAGCUGAAGGCAUAUCUUUUGCUGCAGAGACCGAUCUUACAUGUGCACGGAGAGACGCCGGUAGAUUGGGAUGGAGAGAGCGAAGGAGAGGAUGACACACCACUGAGCGUUGGUUUGAACUCUGCAUCUUCAUCCCAUAUGCUCCCUUUCGCGUCUACCCGUCCAACGAUAAUGAUGUUCCACGGCAACGGAGGGAACCACGGCCAUCGAAUCCCUUUGGCAAGGGUGUUCUUCGUCAAAAUGAGGUGUAAUGUCCUGAUGGUCUCGUAUCGAGGUUAUGGGCACUCCGAAGGCUCGCCAUCUGAGAAAGGUCUCCAAAUCGACGCACAGACCGGAUUGGACUAUGUCCGAAGUGAUCCAGUGUUGCAGCAAACGCCGGUCGUUCUCUUUGGUCAAUCAAUAGGUGGCGCCGUCUCCAUCGACCUUGCAAGCAAGAACCCCGACGCCAUAACUGCCAUGGUCCUCGAAAACACAUUCAUGUCACUUCCCCGCCUCAUCCCUACUGCUUUCCCGAUCCUCUCACCAUUCUCGUUCCUAUGUCAUCAGAAGUGGGAAUCGUAUCUCAAGAUGCCCAAAAUCCCUCGCGCGGUCCCGAUCCUCCUCCUCGGCGGCGAACGCGACGAAGUAGUUCCACACGAGCACAUGGACCAACUCUGGGGUCUCGUCAAAUCUCGUGGCCUACCGCCUCCAAGCCCAAGCCCAUCAUCCCAUCUCCAGCCCCCUCCCAUGUCCUCUUCACGAUCGCGAUCCGCUUCACCCGCCAUACCCUCAAGCCCGCCAACAGUACCCUCGAAAGAAGAAGCGCGAGAGACACAGACAGAUUUUAGGGGGAAUGCGGCGGCUGGGCUUCCUGGGACUGGGAAUGAGGGAGGAAGAGAAGGGAGAAGACAGCCGAGGGUGCAGUCACAUUGGGAGACUGGCAGUCGAUAUUUGGAGUUUCCGAUGGGGACACAUAAUGAUACGUGCGUGCAGCCCGGCUAUUGGAAUGCCGUUGCGGAUUUCGUGGCCAGUUUGAAGUCUAGGACGCCCAAGUCUCCUCUCCCGAGUGUCAGCCCGAGGCAAACAACCUCUGAAAUCGUAGAGGUGACCUCAGCGGGCAAGGCGAAGACGUCAUGAGGGGUACAUCCAAGGCCGCGAUAGUUGGGCUGUCGUAUGUCGCUGCUAGGUGCUGCAAACGACUCAUGGACACGAGCGUCGCUUUCACCGUUUGUGUUAUCCUCUUCUAGUUUCGGUCUCUAUCCCGACUUUUCUUCUCCCACUGAGUCUGUCACUGUCAGUUCUAGUUUCUCUCCUGGGGCCUAGGUUUAGUCAUAGUGUUCAUACUUGGUAUGGUGUGUGGCGUGUGGUGUGUGGCCCAGCUUAGGAGUUGUGUGUCAAACUCGCCCAUUUCCUUCCAGCAUUCUCGGUUUUCAAACUACUCCGACCCUCCUUAUGAUUCCAUCCUUCUCUGUGUCUCCUUCCUCCGUCCCGCCCUUCACUUUUUGCUUGGUUUACUUGGAUAUGUAGACGUCGAUACUUACCGUCUUUUUCGCUUUCGCUUUCAUUUUCUCGUGAUUCCUGUCUCGGGUGUACAGUUGGUCUGUUCGAGUCGUCAUUAUCUUUGUGCCCGUAUGUGUGCGUCUGUGAAUGGAUGAAUGGAUGGAUGGAUGGAUGGAUAUACGUGCGUUG